AUGUCGCCCAUGAAACAAUACCCGUACGACCCAAGCAAGGCCGCGGCCAUUGUCUUUGCCGUUUUAUACGGUAUUAGUGCUAUGGUGACUAUAAUCGAGUACUUUUGGUGGAGAUGCUGGUACUGGCUGCCAAUGGUGGUUGCAUCCCUUAUGGAGGCAACUGGGUACAUUUCACGCUCCUAUUCGGCCUACCAUGAGUACGAUGAAGGGUCAUUUGACGCCCAAUAUCUGCUAGUUUUCCUUGCUCCGACGGUGAUGGCAGCAGCAUGUUACAUGUCGAUGAGUCGAAUCAUUAUGCACGCUUGCCGGCCAGAGUAUAUCAAUAUGCGCACCCUGUGGGUGACGCCUCGGUUUAUGACCCCUAUCUUUGUCACCUGUGACAUUCUCGCCCUGGUGAUUCAAUUGAUCGGGGGCGUCUGUGCCAUCUCCAAAACACCUUCGACCAUUCGACUCGGUUAUAACAUCGCCAAAGCCGGCCUAAUCGUUCAAAUCGUCAGCUUUGGCUUCUUCAUUAUUAUCAGCAUAAGAUUCCACUUUAUCAGCAGAAACUCUGCGAUAGUACGCUCGGAGACUAGCUGGAGACAGUUACUACUCUGCAUCAACGUUUCCUGCAUACUUAUCUUCGCCCGUUCCGUGUAUCGCUUGGUCGAGUUUGGUCAAGGCGACCACGGCUACCUCAAUCUGCACGAGUGGAACUACUAUGUGUUUGAGGCUGCGAUCAUUGUACCAGCGGUUGCAAUAUUUAAUGUCGUUCACCCAGCGAAGUAUUUGAUGAACACGCAUUGGAAGCAUUCCAAAUCGGCCCGAAGUGCUGUAUCUGAGGAGGAGCUGACACUGGAACAGAGAUUCUAA